AUGGAUGUAUCAAGUAACAGUCUCUUCCGGUUCUCCAAACCGGAAUGGCUGAAUAACAAUACCGUCCGCAACGCAGGCGUCUACACAUCAGGAGCACUAUUUUCCCUCGGGUUUUUUUUCUUAGUCGAUGCAGCUUCAUUCUCACACAGUUCACGAAAUGGAUCCAACGUGCAUGUCAAAUUUGUUGACUGGAUCCCCGGCAUUUGCUCCGCGCUCGGAAUGCUUGUUAUCAACUCAAUCGAAAAGUCCCGGCUGCACGCCGAUAGCUGGAGCUACAGUGGAAACGGCGUCGCCUGGAAAGCGCGAUUCGUACUUUUCCUCGGGUUUGCACUAUUGGCUGGGGGGUUAGCAGGCAGCGUGACAGUAAUGGUCCUUAAAUACCUUAUCAAACAAUACCCACUCCAAACACUCUACUUUGGAAUCGCCAAUAUUAUUGCGAACGGGCUCGUCAUGCUGAGCACGAUUGUUCUCUGGAUCUCGCAGAACAUAGAAGAUGAUUACACCUACAACCUUGCCUUGUAA